AUGAAUUCCGUAGUCGAAGAACCACCGCAGGAGAAGAAGACAACGUUUUCGUCUCUUCCAGAAGAAAUCGUUGUAAGCUGCUUAGCCUACAUAUCGAAAUCGUACUACCCUAAACUCUCCCUAGUCUCCAAGAGCAUCUGCUCUAUCAUCUCAUCCAGGGAGCUCCGUCUUGUGCGAAAUCACUUGGAAAGAAGAGAAAAAGUACUUAACGUCUGCUUACAGCUUCCCGAUCGUCGUCUUCCCUCAUGGUUCAGCCUCUGGAUAAAACCUGAUCAAACCCUAACCAAUGAUAUUAACAAGUCGUCUACCGGAAACACCUUGUUGGUACGAGUUCCUUCUUCAUAUUCUCCUUGGGAACCAUCAACGUUCGUCGGUAAUGUUGGUUCGAAAAAAUAUGCAAUAUUGGGGCAAUACAAAUCUUCGACGACGCUACAAAACCACCUCGACAUGAGAGAUUGA